UCUUCACACCUCUCCUUCUCCCUUUUCAAUUUUCUAUUGUAGACAGCUCCGACCCUCUUGAAGGUGCUGAUGAUUAAGGACCAGAGUCAGACUCAGAUAAUGAUGAUGAGGUGGCUCAUGACCGUGUACUAGUCCCCUACUGCAAUCACAUUCCAGACGGCAAUUGGAUGGUCGACAGCGACAUGGAACCGCCGGAGGUUCCAAUAUGGGGUCCACUCACUAGGUCUAUGAAAUUUGGCUCGAAGAAGGAGGUGCGGCAUGUCAUUGAUAAUGAAGCAAUGACUCGGCAUUUUGAAUGGCACACUACUCAUUCCAACACGAAAAGGCUCAUAUUCAGAUGUCGUAAUCAUAACGAGGGAUGCAAUGUUAGGAUUCGGGCCAUCAACAGCAAGAGACACGGCCAUUGGGUCAUAUCUCGUGCGUUGAACACACACACAUGUGUGUCAUCCAUAACAUCCCAAGGCCAUCCGCAGUUGAAUUCCAGGGUGGUUGUUGCGGCUAUCAAGCAUCUAAUUGAGAAAGAUCCUGACCUGAAGGUGAAAGUCAUAAUCGCUGACAUUGCAAGUCGUUAUGGUUAUAUGAUUAACUAUAAGAAGGCAUGGCAUGGAAAGCAGAAAGCUCUGGCCGCAGUAUAUGGUGAUUGGGAAGAAUCAUACGCAUUCCUCCCCAUGUUGAUUUUGGCACUGGAGGCGCUAACCCUAGCACUGUUUUCUCCCCUCGAUACCAAGAUGAAGAGGUACAACCGCCAGAGCCAGGUAACAAACGCCAUUUCAGACGACUAUUUUGAGCAUUCAAGCCAUCUAUUGAUGGUUUUGGCUUCGGUGUCCCUGUGAUCCAAGUGGAUGGUACAUUCCUUACCGGAGUCGAGCGGGGGACAUCGGCGCUCAUAAAGUGAGGGGUAGGAG